AUGGCUCCGGAGCCGGCUCUUGACUCCGACUCUGCGCGACUCCGGCUCCGAGCCGGGAACCAGAGCCGGAAAUUUUGGGUGCGGCUCCGACUCCGGAGUCCAAAGUCGGAGCCAGGCUUCUCAGCGUUCAGAAAAGGUUAAAAUUUCGGACCUUGUUAAACCAAAUUGCUCAAAAAAUACUCGGAAAGAUGUGCGUCGUACGACUUCGUUGCAAAAACGUUGGCAGUAUGAUCUCUGGCACUUAUAACUUUUAUUUUUGGAAAAAUAUCUUUAAAAAAAAUUUUUGCUCAGAAGCCGGAGCCGAAACUGCAAAUUUGGCCUCGGCUCCGGCUCUGGGAGCUAAGAGCCGGAGCCGAAGUUUGGGCCGUUUAUGGGGGCAUACGAGAGAGAGCGAGUUCAAGGUAAGAGGAGGUGAUGAAGAAAAAUCUGGUGAAUGA